AUGUACAAACUACCCAAGGUGAAGUCUAGCACGCUUUUUAUUAGAUACGGUUUAGUUAACAAGAUUUCCAAAGCUGUGCUCUUGGAAGGAUCAUUGAAUACCUGAAGGCUCUCUGUUCAGAUAUCAAGGGUACUUAGCUCUGAAACCUUCAACUUGUAGGAGUGAGUUGAAUCUAACUUCACCUUGCGACUCCAGUCUGUUAUCUUGCAAAGAGGUUAUGAAAAAAGACAAACCCAUCAGUUAGAAGGUUUAUCUUGAUAUAAAACCAAAUUUACAAGGAAAUGUAAGGGGCUCAGGAGGGGAAUUACUAGUUGAAUCUUGGAAGUUAAACAGAUUUGAUCAAAGUACAGUUAUUCAAGUUGCAUUACAUCAAUAGUUGGUUGGCUGUGGUACCACAACCUUCCCAUUAGACAGAGAAAUUUAUGUUUCAUUCCUUAGAGCACACCAUGCACCUGUCCAUAAAACAGUUUAUAGUUCCAUUCCUAUUUUAUUUCCAGGGGUCACUCUUGAUUCUGGGAAGCGUUACACCCAGACAGUGGAAAAGUCAUUUCACUUAUCAAUGGCUGCUCUGGGCUUUCAGAACUGUUCAUCAGUGCCAGUGACAAUAAUGGUUGAAGUGGAUAAAGCUCAGUUUGCAUUGUGCACACUGCAGCCUGGCAAAAUUCCACAACAGCCUUUAGACUAUUGUUUUACAGAAGGAGAAGAGAUAACUUUCUUUACAGAAGGCCCCGGGGAUGUACAUUUAACAGGUUUGUUUUAUUUUGAAUUCUUAUUUUUGAUCACCAUCAUAGUGGCAUAAUUUGAAAUUUUUUAAAUUUUUUUUUAUGAGAUUAAGAUGAGAAGAAAUAAAAAGGCAGCUAUGACCUUAAAAUGCCAAAUGUAGAUAGAAGUGUGAGACUUCUUGCUUUAGAUUUUGCUGGCUUCAGGUGGAUUAGAAAUUUAUCGUACCAUGCUCUUGGUUAUACAUUUUGAGUUUCUGGUUCAUAUUUAGAUGAAGCAAGCAUAUGCUUGUAUUUUCUGUCAAGGGAGUAGGGAUGGUUCAGCAAUGAGAGUGCUUGCCUCCUACUGUAGUGGCCUAUGUUUGAUUCCCAAACCUGGUGUCAUAUGUGGGUUGAGUUUGUGGGUGGUUCUUGUCCUAGCUCCAAAGGGUUUCUUGGGUUACUUCAGGUUACCUCCCUCCACAAAAACCAACAUUCCAAAUUCCAAUGCAACCUGGAACCUGUGGACAAGAAGGUAGCCCAAAUGUUAACUCAAGUAUAAAAGAUCUCAACAUGCAACAAGUUUUCCAUUAAAUUGUUAUACUUGAUGGACAGGUUAUUUAAUGGAUGAACCAAAUGCUGUGGAAUUUGAAGAAUCAGAUGAGGAAGUAUCGGCAGGAAGUGAAAAAUCUGCAAGCAACUCUGAUUCAGCUGAGGAUGAUGAUGAAUCAUCCAGUGAGGAAGUGACUCUUGGAGACUUAUUUCAAAGUGGAGAUUUGAUCAGCAGUGAUGAUGAUGAUGAGGAUGAAGAGAGUGCAGAUUUGGACUGGGAUCCAUCCAAGGAUAAUCCAAAGAGGAGAAAACCAAGUAAGAAAAGGAAGAAGAAAAAACAGGCUGAGAAUUUGGAUGAAAACAAUAUUAUAUCUCUGAUGGAUGUUGAACAAACUGAAGUAACUUUGUCAAAUUAUAGUAUGCAUGGUGAAAAUGAAGGCAGUAAUGAAGGGCAAAAAAAUACUAAAUCUGAAAUUGAACUCAGGAAGAAAGAAGGAAACAAGAAAAAGAGGAAAAAGGUUGAAACAGAAAAUCAGACAGUUGAAAAUGGACUUAAACCAGCUAAAAAACUGAAGAAGAAAGGAAAAAAAUCUCAAUUAAACUCACCAAACAGUGAUGGCAAGACAGAAAAGUCAAAAACUCAAGAAAAUAGCAGUGAGCAGACUUCAUUAGGUAGUAACUUGCUUACAAAAAACAGUGACACUCAAGUUAAACAAGUAACACAAAUAAAAAGGGGAAAGGAGACACAACCAAGUCGUGGGAAACAGAGUGAUCAACCACAAGCCACCUUGGUAAGUGUCUAUUGAUUUAUGUUAUGGGAAAUAUUUUGAGAAGCUGUUUUUUCAUUAUAGUAAACUCACAGGGUCAUGGCAGGUCAAAGUAAACAUGGAAGGCUGCAAACUUUUGUUUUUCAUGUUUUGGAGGUAAUCAUGAAUACAAAUUGUCAGCACUUGUGUUUUGGAAAAUAUAUCUGAAUAUAUAAUAAGUAAUGAAAUUGGUAAUUCAUAAGAAUUUAUGAGCUUAAGAAAGUAAAGAAAGGAUUUUAGUCACGUUUGGCGUUGUGUGGUCAGUUUAUUAUUGAUGUUGACAUAGGUUCAAUAAUCAUUGUUACAUACCUAGACUUGCACUCAACAGAACGAGCACUGAGAUUGGUUGAUUCUUGCUCAUGUGCCCCUGAUCAAAUUCAAAUGUAUCCCAACUGGGAUACAAUUGCGCAGUUGUAGCCUGUGCACCAAAUACAACAGUACAUGAUUGUUUUAAGGGAAAGUUUAAAUAUAUAACAAAGCACUUAAUGUAUGGUCCCAAAGGAAACUAGUUAGUGUUGUUUUCCCUCGAUUCCUGAUGUUUCCCCUGACUUUGUUUUGGGAAAUUUCAGGACUGUUGGGAAUACAAAACUAACUAGUUUCCCUCAGGACCAUACAUUAAGUGUAUAAUAUGUAAGGAAUAUUUUUCUGCUAAAUAUGGAUGAUACGAUAGUUCUCAAACUUAACAUGCAAGGAAAUACAGUAACAAGGAGAUCUUGUAUUGUAUUAUAAGCAGGCAAAGAGGAAAACGCUGCCAGGAGGAACUGUGUUUGAGGACAUUACAAAAGGGACAGGACCAAUGGCCAAAAGAGGACAGAUAGUAAGGAUGUCCAUGAAUAUUAAUGCUUUACGUGCCAUGGUCUUUGCUGACUGUAUGUGAUCUGCUUACAACACAAACUGUCUCAUCAUACUGAAAUGUUUUAACCCUUUAACUCCCAAGAUCUAAUUGUUCAUUCUCCCCUCUAGCUGCUACACAUUUCCUUUUAAAUUGGUAACAUGAAUUUGGUGUUAGAUCAAGAUCAUUUCUACCUGAUAUAUUUGAGUAUUCUCAUUACUUGUUUGCUAAACAAUGCAUGGAUAUAAUUAAAUAGGGAGAAGUUACAUGUUAAUCACUUCUAGGAGUUAAAGGGUUAAGCGCAAUGUCUAUUGAUGAAGUUGCAGUAGGUCAGUAGUGAUAGUCACAAACAGAGAGCAAUAUGUUGCUGAUUCAAGUAAACCACAAGGGAGCACUUGGAUUGAUCAAAGGAAUAUUCCAUCUAUCAGCUGUCUGUGGUUUUAAAUUAAAGUGUCUGUAGAUCUUCCUUUUUGGUUUGUCUUGUUCUUUGUAAUUACUAUUUUUUGAUGGUUCAUUUCAACAGGUUCAUGUAUAUUAUAAAGGAACUUUAGCAAAGAACAAAAAGCAGUUUGAUGCUUGUCUGAGUGGAGAGCCAUUUUCAUUCAGAGUUGGUGCAGGACAGGUCAUACAAGGCUGGGAUCAGGGUGUCACUGGUAAGUGUUCUAACAUUCAUACUGCCAAGGCAGUCCUCCUCCUUUCCCUCUGAUGAAAGGCCAAUGCAGGGAAACAUCAGCUUUUAAACUCUUAGCAGUGGCCAAUUUAUGUUAUCAACUCAAUUGAUAAUACCAAAUCACCCAGCCCUCCUUAAAUUUGAUUUUCAAAGCCUGAAAUUUCUUUAUGUCAAGUAACUGAGUCAACCAAGGUUGUUCUUUUUCACACAGGAAUGCAAGUAGAUGGGAAAAGGAGAUUGAUAAUACCUCCAUCACAAGGGUAGGUUAUUGUGUUACAGUAUCCUAGAGAUCAUUAUGCACCUCUUUCACACAUAGCUAACCUAUUACACUACUUAUUUGAUCAUAUGAUGUGAAAAUACCUCACACAUACUUUUUGUGAAAAGUAACUACCCUAUGUCAACUGUACAGCCAUUUUGUUACCAAUCAGGUUUGUCAAUAAGGGCACCUUUACAGUUUAGCUAACUUGAUGUUAAAAGUGGAAAUGACGAUUGCUGUCACUUUACAUUGGGGCACAUAUCACAAUGCUACAAGUCAUAUCUCCAAUGUUACAGCUAUUGAAAACUAAGUGACAGCCCUAGCACUGUGUUUUAUACAAUAUUGUGCAGAGCUGAUGAGUAAAUAUGAUCAUUAUUUGCAGAUAUGGUCAUGAAAAGAUAGGACCAAUUCCACCCAACAGUACAUUGGAGUUUGAAGUUCAACUUGUGAAACUGCAGUAAUAUAAUUAGCCAACUGUGAUGUACUACUGUUAUGCAAAUCUGUCUCCUACAUUUGCAAACUGAGACCAUUUCCACAAAUUAGUACAUUGGAGUUUGAUGGUCUACUCAUGAAACCACAAUAAUAUACUAUCAGUACUUAUAAAUUGCCUAAGACAUGCUACUGUCAAGUAAAAAUGUGCCUACAUUUACAAACUAGUAUUGAAUAACACUGGCAUGUAAAGGAUUCUUGUACCAAAAUUAACACAUCUUGGGUGCGCAUAAUAAUUUCUUCUUGACCUCAAACCAUUAACAUUCUGCAAGAAGAGCAUCUACACUGGUUACCAGUAUUUUAGAAUGAGACUGCUUCUUUAUCAGUUCAGAGCCAAGCUGCAGAAAGCUGGGGGAAGGACCAGUUCGUGUCAUUAGUUUUAGCUCAACUUAAUUUUAUCAGAUAAUUCCAUUUUUAAAUAUUAUUCCUGUGCGAGACUCGUGGUUGAAAAUGUUACUUGUCAUAUAUUCUCACAAAAAGGCAUGCACAGUAUGUGUCAAAGUUAAAUCAAGUGUGAUACUAGCUUUUCUUGCAUGUCUUUUAGUUAUCAUGUCUUCUUUAAAACAUUUAUUUUAGCUUUGAAACUUCUUAUUGCAC